AAGCUUCGUGGUCUGUGGGCGCCCGAGAGCCAGCACCGGCUGUUGACGUUGUGGCCAAAUUGCCGUGUGGGCGAAAUAAGACGUGCGCUCCAUCUUUUCUGGUGCUGGUCGGCUCUUUUGGCCCGCAGCGGCGCAACCCAAACCCAAAAGCGACCUACCCUGCCCCAAAGCCCCAAAGCUACACACAUUGCGCUUCGACCGUAUUUGUUUCCUCGUUCCCCAUUGCUUUCUUCCCAUCCGUGCAGAAGAAAGCGCCGGCAGACGUUCGGGAACGUUUUGCGCGCGCCCACAAGUCGAGACGGCUUGCCUUGGCGCCGUCCUAGAAGCACCCAGGCCAGCCACCCCGUUCAUUCCCUCAUCGUUGGCGCCUGCCCUCCCUCCAUCCCUCGUUCGCCUCCUCGACGCAACCAUCACGCCGCCCCGCAUUUGCGCAACUCGGAUUCACGAUCCAAACGAUCCCGCGGCGCCAAUUCCAGGCACAUACACCACAGUUGCACAGCAACAUAACAGGUCCCAUCUCGACUCGAUCGACAGCUAUCAAGGCCCUCGGCGACCACACCUCGCCGAGGUAGGCACGGGGACGACAUUACACAGAAACUAGAGGCCACAAUGGCACGACAACGAGAAACCGCGUCGGCUUCGAGCCUGCCGCCCAUACCCAUCUCCAUCACCAUCUGCGGCGACGGCGGCUGUGGCAAGAGCUCCAUCACGCUGCGGCUGGUGCGGUCGCAGUGGACGUCCGAGUACGACCCGACCAUCGAGGACAGCUACAGCGUGACGCGCCGCAUCGACGGCGUCGUCUACCACCUGGCCCUGACCGACACGGCCGGCCAGGAGGAGUACCGCGGCAUGUGGGCCUCGUCCAACCUGAGCUCCGACGCCUUCCUCAUGGUCUACGACAUCACGUCGCGCGACUCGCUCGACGCCCUCGGCCACUUCAACGACCUGAUCGACAUGGAGGCCGAGAACCGCCUCGACAACGCCGCCCGCGCCGCCCGUGCCGGCGUCAGCCCCCACGACUCGGCCGCCGCCUUCUCGCCCGGCGCCGGCUCCGGCGCCAAGACGGUCCCACCCGUCAAGAUCGUCGCCGGCAACAAGUGCGACCUCCAGGAGAGCAGGCAGGUCCCCGCCGCCCAGGGGCUCGAGUGGGCCCGCCGCAACGGCUGCGGCUUCAUGGAGACGUCGGCCCGCCUCGAGGUCAACAUCGAGGAGACGUUUGCCCUCAUCGUGCGCCGCGUCGUCGAGGCCCGUCGCCUCGCCGAGAUGGGCGUGCUCGACCAGGAGGCCGGCAUGGACAAGCGCGGCAUGACCAAGCCCCUCAGCCCGCUGCCCCGCGACGGCUCCGGCUCGGAAAAGCCCGGCGUCGGCCCCGACGGGCGUGGGCCCUGCAACAGGGGGCCCAACAUCAGCUCCGGCAGGUUAGGAAGGGGCGGCAAGGGCUUCUGGAGGGCCCUGCGAUGUUGGUAAAAGGCAGCGGGGUGCGGGGUGUCAGGAGGAGGGGGGAGGUUCAUGCAGCAAAAGGAGGCGGAUGGCAAGUCAGACGGCAUGAGCUUCCCGACCCUUCCCUUCCCCCCAUUCUGGCUUCGUCUUGAGCCCGAGUGCAGAAAACGAUCAUGAUGAUGAUAUGAGGCUGGGUAGGAACAGGAGAUUGGCUGGCGGUGGAGGUUGCGAUUGCGUUCAGGCCUGCGACAAUUCCCGUCGUCCUCAAACUCAGGCUCGCACCUCCUGUUAUUUUCCUUGUGGAGGACGGAGGAAGGGCUCGUUUCUCAUGCGAUUUUUUUUUUUUGGGUACGCAUGAAGCGUUGUAGACAGCGCCCCCCUUUUUUCUUGUUUUGUUUUCUUGUUUUCCUUGUGUAAGUUAGCCACGUGCAAGCGCAUGGCAGGUCACCCCGAGAUAUCCCCCAACUUCUUUUUUCUUUGUUGCCUUGUAUGUAUUAUCCGUCUAUCGCUGUCUUAUUUUCCUUUGUUUUUUUCUGGCUGGCGUUUUGAAUCUCCUGGGCUACGAUCGUUUGGCCGGGUUACGUGUAUAUCCCCUAGGAGCAGGAGGAGCGGAGGAUGGACAUGCGCACGCGUUAUAUACUAUUUGUACUAUCUUGUCAUUGCGGUCGCAUCCACUUAACCAUACUUGUCCCUUGCGCGUUUCUGGGAUCCUCUCCGGUUAAGAGGUCCAGUGCUUGCGUGGCGGACGAUCUGG